UUAAGCUGCCCGAAGCUUGCCUGCGCCCGCCUGCGCCCGCCUCCGAAGCGGCGCGCGACGCCCAGCGCCCCGAGGCGCGGGCCGGUGCUCACCCAGGCCUAGGCCCGGGCCGCUAGCAAGACCGAGCCCCACCGCAUUUUAUUUUAUUUCGUUCGUGGUUUUGCACAGACUGAAGUUUCGUGAGUUAGGUUAAACUCGGGACCUUCUCGAAGAGGACCCAUUUAUUUUUUUUUUCUUUCCAAAAUGGCAGCCUCCAGCCGCGCACAAGUGUUAGAUCUGUACCGGGCGAUGCUGAGAGAGAGCAAGUAUUUCAGCGCCUACAAUUACAGAACUUACGCUGUCAGGAGGAUAAGAGAUGCCUUCAGAGAAAAUAAGAAUGUAAAGGAUCCUGUAGAAAUUCAAGCCCUAGUGAAUAAAGCCAGAAGAGACCUUGGAAUAAUUCGUCGACAAGUGCACAUCGGCCAAAUGUAUUCGACUGACAAGCUUAUCAUUGAGAAUCAAGAGAAGCCUAGGACCUAGGGGGCCGGGACCAGCCACCACCAGCUUCAGCAUCCAUUCUGCGCUUGGGGUGGGGGCUCCCCCCAGACCACAAGUGGCCUCUUCCAUCAGCUUAGAAUAGCCUCUUGCUCAGCCUGCCCUGUAGGAGCUGAUAAACUGAGUCCGGUUUCCAUUCUUCUGCAGCCUUAGUGGAAAAGGGUGGUUGGCUCUCCUUGAUUCAAGUGUCAGAGUGAAGAGCUGGAGCUGGUUCAGAAUAAUGCUGUGUAUUAUUGUGUCUCCUCUCAACCCCACUCCUCUUUUGUAUCUCACCACCACUUGUAUAGAGCCCCUCCACCCUCUGUUUCUCCGUUGACAAUAAACAGAAUUGUCUCCCGAAGCCUUCCUA